AUGCCCGUGGCAAAGCAGACUACCGAACUCAUUUUUUCCCUCCGCGCUCUCAUCUACCGAAUCCGCCAAUUGAAAAAAGAGCGCCACGGCUACUCCAAGGCCAAGCACCGCGAGCUCGCGAAGCUGCUCAAGGACGGUCGUGACGAUCUGGCCCGCAUAAAAACCGAAGAUGUCAUUGGAAAUGAUAAUGUGAUAGCUGCGCUGGAGAUUCUGGAGCUGUAUUGUGAACAGCUUCAUGUGCGCGCGAACAUAGUGGACCAUAUAGCGCUAGAACACAAGCGGACUGGGCCAAAGAAGAAGCGACAAUCGAGUGUGGAUGUGAAAGGGGCAAGUAAUGCGUCUUCUGAUGAGUCUUCCGCUGGAAGCGGUGGCUGGAGGAUAUGGAAGGCUUUGGGACUUGGACCAUCUCAACCUCCACCAUCACCAUCAUCGACACGAACAGCGCAACGACAGCCCGAAAACGAGCAGGGACCGUUAUCGACAGAUCAGGGUGAAAGGGCGACAAUGAUAGAGACACGAGCUAAAGACGAACAUCAACAAGAAACCCCAUCUGCUUCCGCACCAGAAAUGGACGUGUAUCUAGACCCAGACCUAGACAAAGCCGCUGCGGUCAUUUUCUACUGCUACGUCCGCUUGCCGCGUGACAUCCCUGGCCUUCCAGAACUGCGCGCAAAGCUUAUUCAGAGAUGGGGUAUUGAGUUUGCGAAUAAGGCGCAGGAAGCAGACCCGUCCAUCCCGCUUCCGAACGAGUUGAUUGAUCGGUUGAGAAUCCAGAAUCCACCGGAGUCGCUGGUGGAGAAUUAUUUGAAGGAGAUUGCUAAGGCGCAUGGGAUUUCAUGGCACCAAGAAGAUGACGACGAGGCUGAUGGUGGAGGUGGACGAGAGGGGGAAAGAGAAGGAGAAGGAGUUGAUGUGGAAGAUCAACGGCAGGAUAAUCCGCCUUCUUAUGAGCAGACAAAACAUGGUGAUGAUGAUAAAUCAUAUGGUUUGGAUGGUGGUAAAAAGGACUCCCUUCCAAAAGAUACGCAUGCACAUGGACAUGCAGAAACAGAACCACAGAAAAAACCACCGCCUGGGAGUAUUGUGCGACCUAAUCGCACAUCUAACGAGGCGGCUACGUACAACACAUCUUCAUCGAAGCUCCAGGCGCAGGCCCCUGCUGCCGGGAUGGAGAGUAAGAGAAGCGGCAUCCCCGACGUCGACGACUUAGCUAGGAGGUUUGCUGCGUUAAAGAAGUAA